AAUAAAUGCACAAAAUUUUCAAAAUAGAAAGAAUCGGUACCACCUCAGAGUUCAAGAGGAAGGACAGGCUCGCACUGACAAAGCGUAAAAGAACCAGGCAUCUCAAGAAGGCUAAAUCUAGCCUAUGUGAGGGCACUCGGAUGAAAUUGAUCCGGAAGCAAACUCAGCUACAUAAUGAAGAAAAAGAGCUAUUUCAAAAGAGAGAUAGGCCAGCUAAAGAUGACCUUAGCUCUUCCUUAGUAGAUGGCAAAGCCAUUAAAGAAGUCAACGAAGCUGAUGCUAAGAAAGUUGAGCUUAUUGAUACUAUCGAGACUAAUGAAAGUCUCGUACUUGGUAAUCAGCCAGAAGGUACCCCACAAGAAACAAACCCUAUGAAUUUGAUAUCAGCAAUGGAUCAAGGAAUUAUCCAAUCUUUGCAGUUUAAUGACUUUGUGUAUGAAGACUUACAACGGGUGAAGAAAAAUGGCCCAAGAAACUUAUUGCCGCCUGCUACAAAGGACACACCAGAAUACUGAUUAGUUCUCGACCUCGAUGAGACACUGGUCCACUGAAGUGUCACUCCAUUCGAAGGAUAUGACGAAGUUCUUAACAAUAUUUACAUUUCAUACCGUCCUUUUCUGCUUGAAUUUCUUGAAAAGGCCAGCCAAUUUUUUGAAGUUGUGAUGUUUACCGCUUCAGAAUCAGCUUAUGCAAACAUGGUUGUGGACCGAUUUGACCCAGAGCAGAAGUACAUCCACCAUAGACUCUUCCGGGAGUCCUGACUCAAAGUGUACGGGAACUACAUCAAAGACCUUAAUGUGCUUGGAAGAGACCUUAACAAGACCAUGAUAGUUGAUAAUAGUAUGGUUUCCUUCAUCCUCAAUCUUGACAGCGCGAUUCCGAUCGAGAGUUAUCAAGGCAGUAAACAGGAUAUCGAGCUGUACAGAUUGAUGGAGUUAAUGGCUAACGCCAUUGACUCUCACUCUACAAGUACCAAUAAGACAUCAGAUGAGACUGAGCCCUUGCUAAACCUCAAAGAACAUUUCGCUUCCAUUUUUAGGAUGGAAGACAGGUUCUCCUUUUGGAGACAGCAAAUGAACACCAAUUUUGAAGGCCUCGGAAUUCCAUUUUCAAACUAA